CAGAACCGGUGGGCUGAGGAGUAAUUGGUGUAAAAUGGCGCUGUCUCAUGGAACAAAGAAAAAAGUUUGCUAUUACUAUGACGGUGAUGUGGGAAACUACUAUUAUGGCCAGGGCCACCCUAUGAAACCUCACAGGAUCCGCAUGACACACAACCUCCUCCUCAACUAUGGACUGUACAGGAAGAUGGAGAUAUAUAGACCACACAAAGCCAGCGGUGAAGAGAUGACCAAAUACCACAGUGACGACUACAUCAAGUUCCUGAGGUCCAUCCGACCGGACAACAUGUCAGAGUACAGCAAACAGAUGCAGAGAUUCAACGUGGGAGAGGACUGUCCUGUGUUUGAUGGUCUGUUUGAGUUUUGUCAGCUCUCUACGGGUGGAUCUGUAGCCGGGGCUGUGAAGCUGAACAAGCAGCAGACAGACAUCGCCAUCAACUGGGCCGGCGGACUCCACCACGCCAAGAAGUCCGAGGCCUCUGGUUUCUGCUACGUCAAUGACAUCGUCCUCGCCAUCCUCGAGCUGCUCAAGUACCACCAGCGAGUGCUGUACAUUGACAUCGACAUCCACCACGGUGACGGAGUGGAGGAAGCCUUCUACACCACAGACAGGGUCAUGACCGUCUCCUUCCACAAGUACGGGGAAUACUUCCCCGGCACCGGAGACCUGAGGGACAUCGGAGCUGGAAAGGGCAAAUACUACGCUGUGAACUAUCCGCUGAGAGACGGCAUCGAUGAUGAGUCGUACGAAGCCAUCUUCAAACCUAUCAUGGCUAAAGUCAUGGAGAUGUACCAGCCCAGUGCUGUGGUGCUGCAGUGUGGAGCUGAUUCCCUCUCAGGAGACAGACUGGGCUGCUUCAACCUCACCAUCAAAGGCCACGCCAAGUGUGUGGAGUACAUCAAAAGCUUCAACCUCCCCCUGCUGAUGCUGGGCGGCGGCGGCUACACCAUCCGCAACGUGGCGCGCUGCUGGACCUACGAAACGGCCGUGGCCCUGGACUCCUCCAUCCCCAACGAGCUGCCCUACAACGACUACUUUGAGUACUUCGGGCCCGACUUCAAGCUGCACAUCAGCCCGUCCAACAUGACCAACCAGAACACCAACGAGUACCUGGAGAAGAUCAAGCAGCGCCUGUUUGAGAACCUGCGCAUGCUGCCGCACGCCCCCGGAGUCCAGAUGCAGGCCAUCCCCGAGGACGCCCCCCACCCGGACAGCGGGGACGAGGACGAGGAGGACCCCGACAAACGCGUUUCCAUCCGGGCUCACGACAAAAGGAUAGCCUGCGAGGAAGAGUUUUCUGACUCGGAGGACGAGGCAGAGGGACAGGGAGGGGGCCGCAGGAACGCAGCCAACCACAAGAAGGCCAAACGAGUGAAGAAGGAGGAAGAGAAGGAAGGAGAGGAGAAGAAAGAAGUGAAAGAAGAAGAGAAGGAGGAAGAGAAGAUGGAUACAACAGGACCAAAAGAAGAAGUGAAGACAACUUGAAGUCUGAAGUGAAGAAACUGACGGUUGUACUGUUGUCCUUGAAGCUCCACUGAUUCCUCUCUCCUCCUCCUGCAUUGAUAGGACCUUUUUUUUGUAUUCCUAUUUUAUUAACGUUCUGACGGGCAAACCUGGUUCACACUCGGUUAUCAGCAUUUGUUUCCUAAGCACUGUGGACAACCAGGCGGUGGGCUCAGUACACAGUUCACACAGCAUCGUCAAUUCAGCAUGAAUUUGCUCGCACUGAGUGUAAACCCCACCCACCUGGAGCUCCCCGUAGUAUAAAACUAAUGCCAUAAAUCCUCCUCAGCUCCUCCAUGUGAACCAGGUGUGCCUAAACAUGAAGAACAGCCAGAGCAUUACUGUUUCCUAUCACGGUGUUUUCACAGUAAAACACCCGCAGAGAUGCAGGUAACUUCUAAAGUCCUUCCUGUUGAGUUUUUAAACAUCUAUUUAUGAUACUGUUAAGAUAACCAGCAUCUGGCAAACAGCUGUGUUAAUUUCUUAUUAAAUGCAUGUUUAGAAUGAGCUCGCCUUCAGCAUGUACAUAAUAAUACUGUCCCUCUCUGUCCAGGCAGUCACCAUUUCUGUCUCUGCUCAGUAAGUUAUUUUAAAUCAUGAAUACAGUCGAUCCCUUUUAGCCCGUCUUCCUAUAAAUAUCUGCUCGAUGUUUUUUUUUCCUUCAUGCGGUGUUUGUAUGUGAAGUGUGAAUGGCUGUGAACCCCUUCAGAGGGUGAUGUUGGGAAGUGAGUGACUUUGUUUUAGAUAUUUUGUACCAUUCUACAUGAAACUGGAGCGACCGAUGAAUGGCUCUCUACAUUUGGUUGUUUGGAGUUCUAUCCUUGUGAAAUGUGCAUUAUCAUAACUUUGUUAUAAAAAAUAAAGAAAACUGA